AUGCAGAAACACAACUUUAUGUUGCCUUUAUUUCUGUUGCUCAGCGAAAGACCUGCUUGCUGUGGUAAGUGGCAGUAACAUGCUCUCUGCAUUGUUAAGGAGAACUAACGAUAGAGGCACAUUUUAUGCUUGAGGCUAUGGAACUGUUUUGAAGUGUCACACCCAGAAAAUCUGGUCCCUGCAAAGGCUGUCUGUACAAACUUGCACUCUGCCUUGUAGCUCUUCUUCCCAACAGUUUGCUGUCUUUUCUUUCCAUGGAUCCGGCUUGAGCUACAGAUCUGAGGUGUGUUGAGAUGUGCGUGAAGCCGUUGUUUCUGAAUCAUUGCUGGUUCUGCCGUAUGAGUUUUUGUGUAUUUUUUUUUUUAAAGUCCUGUGCUUCUAAGACUGCAGUCCUGUGCACACUUGGCAUGAGCACCACUAGGCUCAGUGGGUCUUUUCUUUAAGUAGACAGGCAAGGACUGCCUUGUAAAAUCAGUAUUUUAUGGGCAAAUAAAUCCACAUUCUCAUUGUUAUCGUGAUAGCUGAAUGUAUCAAAUUACUGGGUAGUAAGCUCCUAGAAAUAUUGAGCAUGUGGUGCUGUUUACGAUAGUGUUAGCCCCAGACAAUUUGUUUUUGUAGGGUGGCACAGCAAAAAAUGUGUUUUGGCGUGUUCUUCUUCCCAUGUAAAAAUAAUCGGGGGUGGAAUCAUUGUCGUAGUUUUAUCUUCAUAUAUUUGAGACUAUUGGUGAUUAAGUUUCAGUCAGAGUUGACAUUCAAAUUAAUGGACCUAACUUGGUCAUCUUUAUUCAUUUCAGUGGGUAUACUCUAAUAAAUGGUUGACUACUAUUUAAUGUGUCUAAACAUGUACAUUUUGUACAAGAGAGACAGAGAGGGUAGAAGUUCUUUGUUUUUUCUUUUAAUCGUAAAAGGGUUGUCUAAGCAUGCUGCACUUAAACCCAGCAAAUUUACCUCAAAAGCAGAAGUCCCAUUUGCUGAUAUUCAUAACUGGUUGUCAAGAAAGUGAAAAAGUUUUUCCACAAAGGUUUGGGUUACCACAAGCCUAAGAGUUCCUGUAUUUGCCUUGUUUUUCUUUCAUUGCUUUAAAUUACCCAGUGAGUUUGUUCCUGCUUGUACUUUAUAAUAAUAUGAAAAGUGUUCAUUCCUCCUUCUGUGGGCUUCCUCCCUUGUGUCUGAACUGCAACUGUACCUGACCUGAAGAUGGUGGGAUAAAAUAUGAAGAGUGACUUAGUGAGUUAUUGUGGGAUUUUAUUUUUCAUAUAAUUAAAAUCUUGGUAAAACCCUAGACUGGUAAAGCUAGGUUUCAGACAGGAAGAAUUUAGUCACAGGCAACUUUUUAUUAAAAGCUGAGGUUGGUAGAGAAGAAAAAAGUCUGCAAGCUCCACAGAGAUUGAAGAAAAUUGUUGCCACAGGAGAAUGGCAGUUCGACUGCCCACCAGCUAUGGUAAGCUAUAAACGAUGACUUAUUCUGCACAAGGAAAUUGUGCCUGCAUUGGUCCUCAUUGCUGCUCCCUGCUUGCACAGGGGGAAGAGGAGAAGAGGGUGAAGAAAGAGCUGUGAGUGGAGAGGGGCCUUUUCUCCAUCCUUUGCCCCCCCCCCUGAAAAUUCAACAAUCCUGCUGCACCUGAAAGGGAAACAGCUGUGGGCAGCCUGAGGAAGUGCCAUGCACCUUGAGCCUAAAAAAGCAAGGCUAGAGUGAGAUGCUAGGUCAGGGGUCAGCAAACUUUUUCAGCAGGGGGCGGUCCACUGCCCCUAUGCCCCACAAAUAACCCAGAGAUGCAUUUUAAAUAAAAGGGCACAUUCUACUCAUGUAAAAAAACGCUGAUUCCCUGACCGUCCACGGGCCGGAUUUAGAAGGCGAUUAGGCCAGAUCCGGUCCCUGGGCCUUAGUUUGCUUACCCAUGGGCUAGGGUGAUGUUCACUGUUUGUAGGAACUCUUCUCACUGUGAGACUUCUGUGAGUCAGCUGGGUUUUUGGGAGGCUGGAACAGAACCCAGAGGCUGAGAAAGAGGGUGUGUCAGAAGGCAAAGGGAUUGAUAUUGAUUUCUAUAUAUUAGUAAGUUUGUGUUAAUAUAAUUUUUUAUCUGUAACUGUGUAUUUUGUAAUACUUUGUUAAGUUGUCUGUUGUUUCCUGUACACCAAUUCAAUAUAUAUUUAAUAUUUUAAGCAGUAUAGAAAUUAAAUAAUCAAUAAUCAAGGAGCGUCUCCACCCCCAUUGUUCAGCCUGAGGUCCAGCGCCGAGGGCCUUCUGGCGGUUCCCUCACUGCGAGAAGUGAGGUUACAGGGAACCAGGCAGAGGGCCUUCUCGGUGGUGGUGCCUGCCCUGUGGAACCCCCUCCCAUCAGAUGUCAAAGAAAUAAACAACUACUUGACUUUUAGAAGACAUCUGAAGGCAACCCUGUUUAGGGAAGUUUUUAAUGUUUGAUGUUUUAUCAUGCUUUUAAUAUUCUAUUGGGAGGCACCCAGAGUGGCUUGGGAAACCCAGCCAGAUGGGCAGGGUAUGUAUGUAUGUAUGUAUGUAUGUACGUACGUACGUACGUACGUAUGUAAAGGUAAAGAUAAAGGGACCCCUGACCAUUAGGUCCAGUCACAGACUACUCUGGGGUUGCAGCGCUCAUCUCACUUUACUGGCCGAGGGAGCCGGCGUACAGCUUCCGGGUCAUGUGGCCAGCAUAACUAAGCUGCUUCUGGCAAACCAGAGCAGCUCACAGAAACGCCGUUUACCUUCCCGCCGGAGCGGUACCUAUUUAUCUACUUGCACUUUGAUGUGCUUUCGAACUGCUAGGUUGGCAGGAGCAGGGACCGAACAACGGAAGCUCACCCUGUUGUGGGGAUUCAAACUGCCGACCUUCUGAUCGGCAAGUCCUAGGCUCUGUGGUUUAACCCACAGCGCCACCCACGUCCCUUACGUAUGUAUGUAUGUAUGUAUGAAUGAAUAAAUAAAUAAAUACUGGUAAUCACUGGCAGGAAACAAAUCACAAUCCCUAGUUUCAUGUUAUGUCUGAACCAGGGAUCAUGGUUUGUUUUGCUCCCAACCUCAGGCAAGGUUUAUUCGUGGCUUAACUGAUUGUGGUUAUUGGAGCAAAACAAGCCACAAUCCUUAGUUAGAAUGCAAUGCUAAGCCAGGGAUCAUGCUUUGUCUGCUCCCAGUAAAAAUGGGAAAGAUCAAGGAGGAGCAAAGUAGGGGCAGUUUGCUUGUGUGUUGUAAGCCAUGGUUUAUGGCAUGGGUGGAGUACCCUUUUGGCCUGGGUGAGACCACCAUAUGUCUCCCCUUACCCUAGAGAUGUGCGGGUCACCCGUCUGUAAACCAUCAAAUGACUCAUAGGUGGACACAUCCACCUGUCAUAGAAGAACCACAGGGUGGGGAGUCUCCUUUGCCAUAGGGAACUCUCUGGAUUUUACCUCCCAAUGCUAAUCAUGUAGCAUUUGCAAAGCAGUCCAUAAGAGAGACGUCUUCUGUUAAGAACUUUGGGUGUAUUAAUGUUUUGACUGCCGCCAUUUCUUGCAACAGCUUGAGACGCUAAGCUUCUGAACUUUUAAAAAUCUCUAAGGAAGUUCUUGCGAAAGGCAACUUCUGAAGAAGAAUGAAAGUCUGAAGCGGUUUCUUGCUCAGACAAGUUUCAAGGAAGAGAAACCCAAAUAUUUUAAAGCAUAUUAACUUGAAGUAUAAAUCAAAUGCUAGCUUAGGCCUCUGGACAAAAUAUAUGAGCAUUUUAGAUAGAAAUGGCUUUCGAGAAACGAAAGCAGAUUUCUCAUUGUGAAAUAGCCAAGUGCUGGAUAAAACUCAUCCACAAGCUGGCUUGUUGACGACAGGCUCGGAAAACGUUCCUGGUUUUGGCAGCAUUGCUUGCCUGUCUCCGUAUCAAAUUGCCAACGAUUAUUAAAAUAAUACCAUUGUUUGGAUCCUCUCCAAAUACCUGAUCAUGAUUAAAGACUGAAAUGAAGACACAAGACUCCUCAGAUGUUUGAACCCUUUGACACUCAUAAGAAUGUCAGAAGAACCCUCCUCACUGGAUCAGACCAAAGUCCUUUUAUUUACACUAAUAUGUGCAUUUAUAUGCACACUUUACCCUGAUACAUGCAUUUAUGUACAUGUUGCUUGGCUGGAGAACUGCAUUGCAAUGUUCAAAGAAAGUGUGAAUGUUAAAGGAUGGCUGUGUUUCUGUUCACAUCUUGUUUCAGAGAGUGAGAAUUUUGUAAGCUGAACCUUAAAAUCCAAACGGAAUCAAAUUUCUCCCCAUCCUCAUUCACUUCAAGCUGAGUUAGAAUAUCCUUAAUGAGGCUUAGGAGCCUGCAGAAAAUAGUAAUAACGUCUCUAGACAGGCCACACCUUUGAGUCAGCUCUCUAGGAACUGACUCCUGAGUCCUAGUUGUUUCUCUUCAAGGGCCUACAUGCCUGAUGGUUGGUUGAUAAUGCAUAUAUCACACAUUCUGUCUCUGAUCCUCCUAACUGAGCCCAAAUUGUAGCCUAAUCUCACAAAUGCUUACUUGUAAAUGAAGUUUCAUUAACAAAUUGUCCUUAAUUCCGGGCAUAUAUGCUUAGGAUAACCUCUAACUUGGGAGCUAUUUCACAAGAAUGGCUGCAGUACUCUAUCAAGAGUUUUUUUUAAUUGUUCAGGGUUGGGUUUUUUUGUUUUAAUGUUUAUAUCAAAUGUGCAACUGACCUACUUUUCCUUCUGUGAAUGGAACUGAAUCCUGGAUAUGGUGUGGGUGGGGUGGGGUGGGGUGGGAAAUUGGAAAUCACAUUUCCUUCCUUAGGUAUUUCUUGGGGGGCAACCAGUUUGAAAACUGGAGACACGAGGGAUGGAUGUACCCCCAGGGUGGGGGUGGGGGAAGCCUGCCAAAGUUCAGACAAAUAGUUCCAGGGACUUUUGUUCUGGAGAUUUUACCUUAGUUAAUAAAACACCAACAAGUGGAAAACUUGCAGUUUUUCCUUCCGCUUACCUGCUCUCUGUACAUGAAAGUGGCCUUUGUGAAGAAAAAAAGAGAGAGUGUUAUGAUUUUAAUUGUAUGGGUUUUUUAAAGGAAAAAUAAUGAUUGGGAAUGAAGCAGGCCACCUCAGUAGUCAAACUCCACUGCUUACACCCUGCUCUCACAUCCAAAACUCAGAGGAGAAUGAUGACCCACAUGUUGACUUAAACAUCACUCCCCCAAAUUCCUGAAGCUAAACCCAUCCAUCAAAACUAAAAACCACCCCAGCGCUCUCCCCCUUCUCCUUUACAGCUCCUCCUAUCUCGAGCUCACAUUUUCAGUUCCCUGUGUUACUUUAGAAAAGGGGGGACACGCCCCUGAGGACACAUUCCGCCAUGUCUCUUAAGACACAUGCCAAUAAAAAGGAGCAUUAGCAGAGGUGACGAAUUCUCCUUUAGUUGGGAACAUUCUUAAUGGGAGGAAAUGGAAGAACAGCUUUUCUCUUCUUAAAUAAGUUGUUUCUGGCAUGGCUACAACGAAAUAUUUGUGUGACAUUCCCCUUUUGAAGUUAUUUUAAUACACACAUAAUAUUGCAGGGCAUCCCACGGCAAUUGUAGUGAUUUCCUUUCCUUUUAAGAACAAAAGCGCUGAUUGAAUCGAUACAGUUUUACAAGUAAUUUAAAAAGAGAGAAAAUGGCAUUUGCUUACCUACCUGCUCAUGUGAGUCAGCCCUUCAUAGAUUUUAGAGAGGUGGUUUCUUCAGGUAGCAGAUUUUUGGGUAUGGGGGUCUUGAAAGGGCAGCAAAUUGUUACCUUUUUAGUUAAUUAUUCUUGUAUUUGUACUCUCAGGGAGAGGCCUUUGUAGGAUUUUUUUUGUGGGGGGAUACCAUUUGCUAUUCUAUCCUAGGCAGCAAAAUGCAUUGGGUUUGGCCUCCUCAGGGAAAUCUGUCAUCUCAAGGGUAUUUUAUUACCAGUCAAUCAAUGCGAUUUUCAUUUCACCUGACUGCCAUAACCUUAAAGCACACACAACAUGCUAGCUUGUCCUCUUCUUCCCAGGAAGUACUUGGCGUAACCUUUUAUGGCUAUUCUGUAAGACAUUAACCAGUUGGUUACAUUUCUAUUCAGCUUUCCACAAGGGCAAGAGUAGUCAACAUGGACUCCUCCAGAUGCUGUUUACUACCUGAAACUCACAGCAUGCCUACCACUGGCCUUGCUAGCUGAGGCUGAUAGGUGCAGGACCAGCCCAAGACAUUUUGCUACCCGAAGUGAUAUAAACAAUGGCACCUCUCCCAUUCCAUGUUCAAAUGCUGACCAGGUUAGCAUCUGACUUUCACUUCAACACUGGUGAUGAGGCAGAGUCCUCCACAUACUUGAGGGCAGUGGCCUAGCUUAGGGGGCACAGAGCAGGCCCCAUGGUUCACAGAGCUCUGUGUAUUCUCUGCCCAUCAGCACCUGCUGUCUGAGGUCAGUGUCUCAAUCUAUCUAGUGGUAGGAUUGGCCCUGGGUCAAGUUGUAAUCCACCACACCACUGGCUACCUCUGCUGCAGAGAGUUCAUGCUGGCAUCGGUGUAAGCGGAUUUGCUGAAUGCUACUACGAUGAAUCUUCCUGGAAAAGACCCUGAUGUUGGGAAAGAUGGAGGGCACAAGGAGAAGGGGACAACAGAGGACGAGAUGGUUGGACAGUGUUCUCGAAGCUACGAACAUGAGUUUGACCAAACUGCAGGAGGCAGUGGAAGACAGGAGUGCCUGGAGUGCUCUGGUCCAUGGGGUCACGAAGACUAAACAACAACUAUGUUGAAUCCUUCAGCUAAAACUCUGUAGUGCACUUUCAGUGAAAUUUCCCUUUCAUACUUUUUGGUGACCCCAUUUGACACAAUGACAUCUCUGUCCAAUAAAGAUGGGGAAAGGUACUAGCAUAGGCAUGUGGAUUGCAGACUUCUGAGAUAUUUGACUGCAUUAUUGGUAUGUUACAUAGCCAACUGUUGCUUAUUUUUAUCUCUCGUCCCCAUCCCUUCCUAGGAGUCUGGCAGCACAACUGGGAAAGUGAAAUGGCUUAGACUGAAGUUAUUUUGGGAGCAAUUAAUUUAUAAAGCGUCUGAAGUAUGUGCUGCUCUCAAAGGCAGGAACAAAUAUUUACAUCUCACCAACCAUAACAUCAAGCUUUCGGAAUGCCUUCUGAAUUUGAUACCGGGGGGUGAAUGAUCUAUUAUCACCGCCUUUUUAUUGGUCAAUGCAUGUGUGCAUAUAAAAAAGAUUUGCCCUUCCAUUCAGUAAGAGAACUCGCUUUCUCAAGGGCGCCAGGUCUCAAAUUUGGAUCACUUCACUGUGCUCUUUGCCAUGACUCCAAGAUCACUUUCUGGAGUAGCCACAGCUAAUUCAGAAGCCACCUGUUUGUAGUCGGGAUGUUCAUUUCUCAAUAGAGAUGUUAAUUCCUUUUAAUAAUGAAUGGAUAAUGAAUGAAUAAGCAUAAUUGAUUUCUUCAUUGUCAUGCAAAUAAAUGAAUGGGAAAUAGUAAUCCAUCAUAUCUGAAUGAAAACUAAAUUAAGGAAAAUUUGUUCCAUUAGUUUGUGCAUUUUUACUUUCCUUUAAAGUGUGGUCCCUUUGUCUAAUCUGUCUGAAAUUUGGCUAGUCUGGUGCCUGAGGAUGGAGAAGGGGUGUUGUUGUUUGUGAUGGUAAUAGAAUCAGGGAUCCCCAAAUGCUGCCUAGGCUCCCUUGCCAGCCAUUAUUUGUGGAACUACCAGCCCUCUCCCAUGCAUCCUCUGGCAUUCACAGAGAACUUGGGAGAGAAACAGAGUCUGUUCUUAUUUGUGUGGGUUAUGGAGAGGGUAAGGAAGAAUGGAAGUCUUUCCUGCUGUUUGGAAAGGAAUCCUGCUAUUUCUUACCUGAUUGGGGGAAAUGCAAUGGAAAUGAGAUCUGCAGGGCAGGGAUUUGUGUGGUGCUGGAUGUUCGGAUCACCAGAGGGCAGUUGCCCGUGGUGAGUUGACAAGCGGAUUUGUUGAUUCCUGAGUAGAAUGCAAGCAAAUGUCUUAUCCCUUAGAUAGAAAAUACAGAAGUUACAAGCAGCAGAAAACAGGAGGUGUUUUCAUUACAAUCACUGAAAACAACAGAUGCAAUUCUGACAAAUGGAAACUUAAAUGAAACUUUAAAAUGAAGAACAAAUAGUGAUUUGUCUCACGCACCUCUCAUUUUUAAUGUGUCUUUCAUUGUACUUAUUUAACUGAGGUUUUCCCAGCCAUUCGCUUACCAGCCUUCCAGAUACAGCUGUAUGCCUAAAGCUCAGCACAGCAGUUCUCAACUUUAUUCUGCUUUUGAGAUUUAGGAUUUUUUUUAAAAAAAUAAUAAUUAUUUUGUUCCCUUUUGUUCCAAACAGCUGUAUAAGUUUGGGGCUGUUCUGUGCUGCAUCUUCAGUAUACCUUGUUUGGAAGAACCUGUUUUUUGUUGUGAGCGUGUCAUGCUGUAAAUAUUUGUUCAUGAUUGGGGGGGGGGGAUUGAAUACCAUAUACGAUUGUAUAAUGGUAGCUUUCAUAAAGCAAACCAUAAAUAUACUGCCUUUUCUUACCCAAAAAACCAACAAACCAACUUUGUUUUCCUAAAUGCUUUGUAGUGAUUUGCAAACUCAGUGCUCCACUACAACGCCCUGAUUCUAGAUUUACAACACACUGGGUUUAACAAAUCUCUGUGGAAACCAUUAUAGAUCUAAAGGACACAGUCGUGAGUUGUUAUGUAAUCAGAAGAUGUGGGUCACAAGGGAAAUACCAAGUCUAAGAUCCCAUUGCCAAUAACAGUUUUUGAGCAGCCAUGCAGUCAAGGAUGCUUCUUGAGUACUGCAUCAGAAAAUGAAUGGAUUUUUUUAAAAAGCUCAUUUGCUAAAAUUUAUUUUUAGUUCCAGUUAUCCAAAUAAAAAUGAUAUAUACUUGUCCCCACCCCCGGGCCAGAUUAAGACCUUUAGAAACCCUAAGCACUUAAAAGAUUUUGGGGGGCCCAUAGAUAUAUUCAAAAUAUCAACAAUAAUAAACCGUAAAUUAAAAUGUUAUGUUUCUGAUAUUAAACAAAACCUACAGUAAGAUAGAAAAUACUGUUUAUUUUUUAUACUUUCACUUUAUUUAUAUUUGAGGGGGAAAGUUCUCCUACUUUUUCUGAUGGAAAAAUUCUGCGGUGACCCCUUCCCUUGAUACCCUAAGCACAUGCUUAUUUUGCUUAAUGGUUAACCCAGCCCUGUUUCCCCCCAUUUGGCAGGCUCUACAACAGCACCGGCAGAUGAAGAAUUUUCAGGGCAUGGCUUGACAUCACCUGUUACCACAGAAGUACCUGUACUGAAUACACUGGGAUCACCUACAUCUGUUAUGAUUUUGACAACUAGUGACCAGGGUGUGCAAACUGCCACUAAAUCCACAGAAGCAGAGAAUUCGGAAAUGGAAACCACUGCCUCUGCAGAAAUGGAAGACCUACAUCCUGCUUUGAUAUACGGAGUCCCUGCUGCUCUGCUUCUAGUCCUGAUUGUUUUGCUAGUUGUCUUCAUUGUAAGACGUCGGAAGCAGAAACCACCCAAGCAAGGUAGAUAUUAAAGUUUCUUGGGUGAUGUGUGAAGGACCAUAUAUAUAUUAGAUUAUAUAUAUAUGGAGGAGCAGGUUUGCCAGCUUGGCCCCGUGACUGUGGGUGCCCAGUGCUGUGGGUGCUAUGCAGUGUGCAUGGCCUGGACACUGAAAUUUGUGGGUGCCCGGCCCCUUCAUGGGGAAUUUUAUGGGUGUUCGGGCACUCAGGGCCCCCGGGGGGUUGGCAGCUAUGCAGAGGAGAGAACUGGCUAACAUAGGGUAAAUGUCUGAACUGGAUUUAACCCUUGAAUUAAGUCUAACUUUAGUUUAGGAGGUGGUGCUGUGGGUUAAACCACAGAGCCUAGGGCUUGCUGAUCAGAAGGUUGGUGGUUCGAAUCCCCGCGAUGGGGUGAGCUCCCGUUGCUCAGUCCCUGCUCCUGCCAACCUAGCAGUUCGAAAGCACAUCAAAGUGCAAAUAGAUAAAUAGGUACCUGUGCUGGUCCAGGGGAGGGGUUACCGUGGGGCGAGGUCCAGGACCUGAGUAGAGGGUCGGCAGACAGUCCUCCACGGGCAAAGCGGGGUCCACAGCGAGGAGCCGGGCAAGGACAGGAACUCUGGGGAAACAGGACUGGAUGCUGGCCGAAACAGCUCUUCAACGACGUUGCUCCCGCAACCUGGGACCGGGCUGACUGGCCUUUAUCUUCUCUGAGGCCAGGGGCGGUCCUGGCCCCCAGGAGACCCGCCUCUCCUGGCCUUAAGGCGAGCACUCCUCCUGGGAGAAACCAGUUCCCUCCGCCUCUCUGCCCUGAGCCUCUGCAGUUCAGGAGAGGCUGAAGGGUUACUGGACCCAGGGGGAGACUCACCUGUAGGCACUGAGUCCUCAACCACCUCCGGAGCCAGAGUGGAUUCACCUGGUGCCUGCUCCUGAGGAUCCGGCACAGGUGCAGGCGCUUCAGAAUCAAGGCCCUGCCCCAGUUCAGCUGGCCCUGGAGGCGGGGACUCCUGUGCUGGCUGGGAUUCCUCCAGUUCAGCCUCUGAAUCGGAUUCCCAGGCCAUCACAGUACCACUCCGGCGGGAAGGUAAACGGCGUUUCUGUGCGCUGCUCUGGUUCGCCAGAAGCGGCUUAGUCAUGCUGGCCACAUGACCCGGAAGCUGGACACCGGUUCCCUCGGCCAAUAAAGCAAGAUGAGCGCCGCAACCCCAGAGUCGGUCACGACUGGACCUAAUGGUCAGGGGUCCCGUUACCUUUUUACUGUGUAUGAGCCGAAAUAUGUACUACAUCGCUAAGUUUAUUUCUAACUACUCAGGACAGAAAGAAUAUGCAUCUGCUCUCUGUGAGAGUCAGUGAACAACUGAAACAAAGAAACAGGAAACCAGUAACAUCAACAUCCGUCUCCUGUGAGACUUCCAACAGUCUGGAAUGUAGACAGAGUCUUGUGACUCCAAAAACUGCACAGUGGCAUAAACAGAAAUCCAACAUAUGGGGAUUUCAGCAGCUAGCGUGCCUCUAACUUCUGGACAUUGGGUUGAAGGUUAAGAUUGGAUCCUAUGCUCAUACAAUUGCAUGUGUAUAUAAUGCAUGAUAAUAAUAUUCUCUCAGGUUACCUGUGGGGUGACAUAUAUUUUGUCUCAAAUCAGUGCAGGCUGGCAUUCUGUGUGAUUCCUCACAGCCCCAAAACACAAGAGAGUAUGUUUUCUAUACACUGUGAUAGGGAAUAGACACAGGAGGCAAAGCUCAUGGUCUGGAAGGAAGGGAAGAUGAUUUCUGCAGCCUGUGCUUGAGCACUGGGAUUUUGAGCCCUCAGUGCCUCGUAUAUUCCAUGCUGCUGAGCAGUGUUGUUGAAAACCAGGCACAUUUCUGAAUUCCUCAGGAGACUAUUAUUUGGUUAAACACAAUUCCACUGCAAACAAGAAAUCCCACUUAACCUGGUCUGACUGUGCUUCUUAGUCCCCACUGCUUAUCUCUCUUGUCCAGGACAGUUAUAAUGGGAUUUUCUUGGCUUUUCGGCUCUUUCUCAAGGGUGUUUGGCCAUAGAUAAUUCCCCUUGCCAUUUUUCUUAUACUUGCACUUAUACUUACUACAGUAUUGGAUUUAUGCCUCUCCAAUGAAGAAAGAGGAGGAAAUAAGGCUGCCUCAAAAAUUAAUUUUAUUCUUCACAUUUCCCCUCACAAAGGUCUUCCAGGAUAAACGUGGCAAUUGCACCUACCGCUUGCUAAGAUCCAAACAUGCUGCAGGAGAAUCAUGGGAUUGUGAUGUCUUUAAUCCGCCAGCUAGAAGGAUAAUGCAAUCCAGGAAACGACAUGUUUCCCUUGACAAUGAUUCUGCUUAUGAUGCAAUGGAAAGGCGAAAGGGGCAGAGCCUUUAGAAAAUAUACAGUGAAAUAUAAAGGGCUGGUAACAGUGGGAGAAGCUUUAAGAUGGUGACUGGACAUGCACAGAUUCAAAUAUUUAAAAUAUACAAGCAGUGGUUUAAUAGUAUUAUGGCUAAUGAAGCUUUUGAGUAUUGGUAUCUAAACAUACAGGGCAACUGUCUACAGGCAUAUUUUCAGUUGCAACGCCAUGAAUUCUUGGCAUUGGUUUUUGGUUGUGUGUUUUUCUCCUGCUUGUGAUAAUUUGGCUGAGUGCGCACCAUAUCUUUAAAGCACAUUCUAGGCACCCCCACCCCAAAGAAUCAUGGGAACUGUAGUUUGUUAAGGCUGCUGGGAGCUCCAUGAGGGUUAAACAUCAGUUCCUAGGAUGGGGGGCAGCGGGAUGCAGUGGCAUAGCAUGGGGGGCCCACCCGGGAACAAAAAUUGUUAGGGGUGCAAAAUUUCAACACCUGGUGCUGUUUCAAUACAGCUACAUGCUUUCGUUGCUGAGAUCUGUUGAAAACAGCUUCUCCAUGAGAACCAGGAAGUGACCUCCCCAGAUAACAGAGCAGUUCUUCUUUUAUAUCUCUGUGGCUGCAAUCUCCUGGGUGACGCAGACACCUUAGGGUGACUAAAAUCCUGCAAUACACACCUAGAUUAAAGAACAGGGUAACUGAGUACAUUCUCAACCCAGAAAUUUGUUUUCAGUACCAAAACUAAACUCGCAAUCCCCAUGCACAAAAACUUAUUUCUAGUUCCUCUGCCCCCACCCCAGCUUUCUUCAUUUCAGCGGGGGGGGGGGGGAGAUCUUUCCUUGUUUUUCAAAUUAUUUUUGCUUUUUUCUUUAAAAAAUGUUUAGGGGUACUCUCAUUUUGAUUCAAUAAAAUCACCGGGAAAAGAAAUGAAGCCGCCAUUGGAGGUGGUAACAACGAAACUGACCAAUCACUAUGCUAGAUUCCAACUCCUACUUCACACAUUAAAUGCUCGCUUCUGUCUGGGACUCAGGAAACACCGUGACAGCAAAUUAGGCCGCUAUCGGGGGUAGCAACGGAACUGAUGAUUCACCAUGCUAGAGAAGAAACUAAUUUUUUUAAAAUUUUUUUUUAGUUUCUUCUCUCGUUAGAUUCACAAAAUGUUUAGGGGUAUGCAUACCCUUGCAUCCCCCCAGAAAAAAGCACUGCAUAUUACUCAGAAAUCUACUAUUAGAACCCGAUCUACUUUUCCCACCAAUGACUGAGGCUGCAAUCCUAUACAGUCGUACCUUGGUUCUCGAAUGGAAUCCAUUCCAGAAGUCUGUUCGACUUCCGAAAACUUUUGAAAAGCAAGGCACAGCUUCCGAUUGACUGCAGGAGUUUCCUGCACUCAAUCAGAAGCUGCGGGAGCCACAUUGGACGUUCGGCUUCCCAAAAACGUUUGCAAACUGGAACACUCACAGAACACUCACUUCCGGGUCUGCAGUGUUUGGGAGCCAAAAUAUUCGAGUCACAAGGCGUUUGAGAACCAAGGUACGACUGUACAUGCUUUCAUGGGACUGGAUCCCAUAGAACACAACUGUUAUGGUCCUAGCCUCAAGCAAUAGCCAGGACUCUCAGAUGGAGGAGAACUGAAGUGGUCAAGUCCAUGAAUACCAUACCACUGGCUGAAGAACACAGUUGGGUUCCUCAUCCUGAACCUGAGUCUGGCAGACAAGAACUUGCUGCACCAGGAUUGCUAGAACACUCACCCCUCCCUGAACCCAAUUCACCCAAGAAGCCAAGCUCUUCUUGCUCCACAACACCUGUUCAACAGUACGGGGAGCAACCCCAGAGGAGAAUGCACCCAUUUGUACACCAGGGAAUUUUGCAUUGCUUUGUAGGCAACUUCCUGGGGGCAACGUAUCAGUGGUGGGCAGGGCCAGAAGCAAUAGUGGGCAGAGCAAUUCUACACACACGCCCCAUCAGUACCCUCCAUCCAGGAAAGCAAGAGGCAUUAUUGGAGUUUAAGGACACAUUCUAGCCAGAUAAGAACACCCAAGGAGGAUAGUAGGCAGGGUUCGAGAUGAGUGCGGCCUGGGAAGAAGUUGGGGCCUGUGGAGCCAGAUUGUGGCCCUCCAGGCAUUCCAUCAGCCUCUAGGCCUGAGGUUUCCUGUUCCUGUUUUAAGUAGCCACACUCCUCAGGUAGGGGGUAGUGGAAUCUAGGAAGAGUAAUCUGGACAGAGUGGUCCACUCACAUCCUCCUUCCAUUGGAGCAAGUGGCUCACUGAGAGCUCUCCAAGGUCCUGCUGCUCCAGGCUGCCUUGUGGAGUACCCCUGCCACACCCCAUGAGCUUUUGCUUGAGGUCAGGUCAGGACAACGAUGCUGUGAAUUAUUUGUCAUACCAAUUGUGAAUCAUUUGUACUGAUGAAAGGUGCAGCCUAUAUAGCGUAUUUUUGGGGUUCAACAGAACUUGAGGCAUUGUGGAGACGGCAUGGUUAAAUCUGUGGUCCAAACCAUCAAUGUUUCUGCUGGGAAAAGUGAAUCAGUGCCUACAUCCUUCCCCCCUGUCCUUUCCUCCCUCCUAUACCUUCCUAGGUAUAAAAGACACAUUUCCUUUCGGUUGUUCAGAAGACAGUUUCCUCCUUUAAAAAUACCACAUCCUAACCUCCAAUGGAUGUGGUUUCCCCUCUUAUUCCAUCUGGUGUUUCAUCCACCUGCAUCUCUCCUGGCAAUUACUCUUUCCUUGGUUUAUUUUCCUUCGUUGCUCUGUGCUCUCAAAUGCCUUUCUCUCCAGGUUUUAGGUGUUGUGUGUGUUUGCAUUUUCAUCUUGCCCCUUAUCUGUAAUCUGCUACAGUCUCUAUUCGUAAACAGGUGCACUGCACAUGUACAGCAUUAGGCUGUGUGGAAGUAAACAAUUUUUAUCACAGUUGUUGACUUCUCAUUAUGUUGCUUUCACUGUUGGAACCUGUUAGCCUCAAGAAAUUCAUUGCUCCCAGUCUCCUGUUCACCGCUAGACUCUGAUUUGAAUAUUAAUGCAGCUUGGCUGUAGUCAACAUCUUAAAUUUACCUCAGCUACUAAUUUCAGCUUGGGCUUAAUAUCCAUUUUACUGCAUUUUACUUUCUAGCUGCCUCCAAGUUCAUAUGUUCUUCUUCUUCUUCUUCUUCUUCUUCUUCUUCUUCUUCUUCUUCUUCUUCUUCUUCUUCUUCUUCUUCUUGGCUUUGUGCAUAAUAAUUAUUCAGGAAGGUAAAGGAUGUAAUCCUGGCCCAGUUUGCCUCAUACUAUUUCUCAACCUUGUGCCCUCCGGGUAUUUUGGAUUGAAAAGCAUCUGACAUCACAAAUCAACAAAGCAAGAAUGGAUAACCAAGGGAAAGGGGGAAGGGAAUGGAGUAUAGCUGGGUCGAAUCUUGAGCAGAAGCAUUCUACUCUGCAAUAUUUAAUUGCCAGCCCAUCGCCCAUCUCUCUAUCUCUUUUUUAAAUGAAUCAUUUACUUCUUUCUGAAAUGCAUUUCAUUUUAUUUCAGAGGAACUAGCAAGUGAAAGCUGUAAAAGGUAAGACUGCUUCCUGUUCAUAUCAACAGUUGUGGAACUGUUCUCAUGGCCUAGGGCCACAUAGACUCUUCAGUAUGACAGAACCACAAGUCAUCUAAUUUUUUUAAAAUGGCUGUCGUCUUUAGGCGAUGUCCCCCAUAUUGCAACAACGGGAUCUACUGGACUACUAGUUUAUUGCAUUAGCUUUAUUCCAGAUUUAGUAACAUUUAUUGAUUCAACAGCUCACACAAUGAUGCUCUUUUCUAAAUUAAGCACACUGGCAGCUAAAUACUUAAAUACAGCCUAACACGUGGAUUGAUUUUAAAAUGGUAUUAAAAAUAUCUGUCUAACAAUUCUAAGCUGCAUGGUCCAAAAUAUGUUUUUGUUUUCUUACUCAGUCCUAUUUUUGAAGAAGACACACCCUCUGUAAUGGAAAUAGAGAUGGAAGAGCUUGAUAAAUGGAUGAGCAGCUUAAAACGAAAUAGUAUGUAUUGAUCACAUUCUACUCUUGGACCUUUUUCUUUUCUAACAAGCCCAUCUCUUCCCACCGUCUUUGCCUAAGUUCUCUAAAAUGCAUUUAAGUCUAUAAUCUGAAAUACUAAAAUAGUAGCAGAAGAUAACUGCUCUUUAAAUAUUGAGGGGAUUGGAAAAUAAAUGUGUGUCUCUUUAAGAUGAUGUAGUUCUUAUUUCAAAGCCGAAAUAUUUGUAGCCAUUUCAAUAUAGCAAGUGGCUUCGUUGAGAGUGGUGUGUGUUUUAGUAUUAAGGAGUGUUUUUUGGCAUUAAUUUGCGAUAUGCUUCACCACUAUUGACUCAUGGCUCCUAGCACUUUUUAUUCACUCCCGUCUCCAGGAUCAUCUUACAGGCGUGUUGCUAUGACCACAUCGUUUCCUCCUUGCAGUCUUUUUAGGUUUGCUAUCUACUCCUCCAUUACCUGGAAUGAAAUCAUUGUUUUCUCCACAAGCAGAUGGCUAGUUGUGAUUAUUGUCCAAUCUGGAAGAGAGCUGGGCAUAUCCAAUUAUUCUUAAACCUAUGUCUCCUGGCUUCUUAUUCCAAGCUGCAUGCUUGUUUGCCUCAAACACUGUAUAUUAAAUCAAGCUUCUUGGCACUGGGAAUGUGGUAUCAAUAUCUUAUUCCAAGAGGUUCGCAAAACAUAGCUGCUGGGGAAAAGAAAGACAUAAAAACCAGAGAAAGGGCUGAAAUACAUGUAGGCACCAAGGUGCCCAGACCACAGAAAGUGCCAUAAAGUCACUGCGGUCUAGUGGAUAGAAUAGUACAAGUGGAAACUUGGGCCCAAGGUUGCUUCCAGAUGACCUGUUUAUUCAGCAUUCAUCCUGAUUGGUUUCCACAAUGUUUGCGGGAAGGUUAUACAAUGUCAACUGCUUAUUGAACAUUCAUCCUGAGUUGCUUGCAGGGAGAUUAUAUGACAUCUCAUCAAGCAGUUGCUAUCCCACAGUUUCCACUGCAUUUUCCUCUUACUUUCCAAUGAUAAAAGUCUGUUUUUUCCUGGGGUGGGGGAGUGGGUUUGUUCUGUAAGAGCUCCACUUUAAUUGUACAGCCUGAAUUUGCUGACAUGCCACUGAAUUCCACCUGGAAAGAGUGACACUAUGGAAGCACCCUAAGUUCCUGCUCAGAAAGGACUCACUAGGUGAUCACGGUCAAAUUGCUCCCUCAGAGCCUCAAUACCCUGAUAACAGAGGAUCAUCUCACCAAGCUGCUGAAAAGACCUUGCAUACCUAGAGCCUGGUUCAAAGACUGUGCAAAAGGGGAAAACUGUGCAUAAUGACACAGAUAUUGAGUAUGGCAAGUCACCUGCAUCCACAUCAGAACUUCCUCCCCUUUCACUCUAUGCCAGUUACUUGACAUUACAGGGACCUCUUCUACACUCGUAUGGCUUUGGUAAUCUACAGAGGAUAGUAGCUAUUCCCUUGAGAUCUGAUCUCCGUAGAUUAUUAGAGGUGCUCUUUGUGCAACAGGAUCCAAUAUGUACCUUUGCAAGGUAAAGGAGUGGAUUGGAAUAACCUCAAGGCUAUUAUGGUUGCUAUUGUUGUUAACGUAAAGUGAGUAAUUUGCUCACUGUUCGGACUGAUGAAACCCUAUGCCCUACAGACAUUUUUAUGGGUCACAGCUUGACUUGAUGUAUGAAUCACUAAUAACUUCUGUAAGCAUGUAUAUCAUUUUUGUGCGUAGCUGUUAGCGACAAGUAGUGAUAUGAAUCCUCCCCCCCCCAAAAUACCCUGUCCUGUUUGGUUUCCCCCAAAUUCUUUUGGAGAUAAUGGGGGGGGGAUUUAUUAACCCCCUCAAAAAAUCCUUCACAUAGCUUAAGACUACUAUUUUUUCCAAUUCAUGCUUCUUGAAGAAGGGACUGAAGAGUAAAGUCCCAUACAACUAAACACAGCUGCCUUAUGUCCAACUUGUAAGGCCUCCACGUAAGCAAAUUGGUAGGCAUUACAUAUCCAUAAUAUGUAGACGAGGGGCCUACCCAGCGGGCCUUCAGAUGUUGCUGGACUUCAGCUCCCACCAUCACUCACUGUUGGCCAUGCUGGCUGGGGCUGAGGGGAGCUAUAGUCUAACAUCCAGAGGACCACAGGUUAGCAACCCCUGCUCUGGUCUAUACCUUUACAAAUUUGUGCAAUACUAUGGAAAUACUACCAACUAACGGAAACAUUGGAGUGAAGAGCCCUGGUGCUUAAAGGUGUCCAAUCUCCAGCACCAGAUAGGAGAAGUUUAUUGGCGUGAACAUGGCCAUCCUCCUUAGACUAGGCACCAAUGCUUAGUUCACAUUUAAUUUGGCAUCAGUGGGUUUGGCGCUCUGUCCUUUGCCUGAUGCAGUAAGCUGCGGUGAGCCUGACAUUAUGGUACCUGGCAGAAGACACAGAGCCUGCCUUUAAAAGUGAAGCCCUGACCUUGCUAGGGGUCUUCAAAGUGGGCAUGCGGCUUUGAUUUGCCACUACUCAAUGGGUGCUACCCAGCAACAGCAUGAAAAGGACAACAGCACAUAAACUCACCAGCUGGAGUAAUCCAGCAGAACAACAGACGUGACAUAAACAAUUGUAUGUUGGGCAAUUUAUUAUUAUCCCUCUUAUUUUUAGCUUGUGACAAAGGCAAGGUGCUAGAGAUGGGUGCUCUGUGCAUAUAUAAAUAUGUAUGUAUAAAAUAAAUAAAACAAAGGUUACUAUGGCUUCUGACUUAUCCACAAGGGUUUUAAAUGGGGUAAUGGCUGCAGACAUAAUAAUAAAAAUAAAAAAUGAUGUCCAGGUCCUGGAGGAGUCUACAGUGCAGUCAUUGCUAUUCAAAUUGAACAGACGUUCACAAAAUUCCCCAGGCUAAUAGUUUCACUGUCUCCAAUCUUUUCUUAGCUGAAUGUGAAUAUUUGCCUUCCGUGAAAGAAGAAAAAGACUGCAAUGCCAGCCCAAGGUACUUGCGAUUCUCCAAUUACACUUCUGAAAGGGACACUGUCAGCUUCAAUAGAUCCAAAAUUGAACAAUGGUCUCUUCUUCUUUGCAGAUGACCCUGAAAUCUAUUUUGCUUAUCAACAUUACUCUGUUGUUUGAGGCACAGGAUAGAUUUGCUAGCCCACUUCUGCCCCACCACUGAGAGAUGGGGUUUUAUUAGUCUCGUUGGUGUGAUGGAUGCGGAACUUCAUUUUGUGAACUGUCCGCUGCUAAUUCAAUAUAUCUUUUUGGAAGGGAUUAUUCCUUAGAUGGAGUUGUGUUUCUGUCCAGCUCACUGGUUCUAUACAUGCUGAGUGGCUAGUAUAAUAAGAAAAUUCAACAAUGUAGCUGAUAUAUGUGUUGAAGAUACAUAGACAUUUUGUGGUUGCAUUUUAAACAGAUGAUUGGCCACUGUUCUAGUAAAUAGGUAAAGGUAAAGGGACCCCUGACCAUUAGGUCCAGUCGUGACCGACUCUGGGGUUGCGGCGCUCAUCUCGCUUUACUGGCCGAGGGAGCUGGCGUACAGCUUCCGGGUCAUGUGGCCAGCAUGACUAAGCUGCUUCUGGUGAACCAGAGCAGCGCACGGAAACGCUGUUUACCUUCCUGCCGGAGUGGUACCUAUUUAUCUACUUGUACUUUGACGUCCUUUCAAACUGCUAGGUUGGCAGGAGCAGGGACCGAGCAACGGGAGCUCACCCUGUCGCGGGGAUUCGAACCACCGACCUUCUGAUCGGCAAGUCCUAGGCUCUGUGGUUUAACCCACAGCGCCACCCGCGUCCCGUUCUAGUAAUUGUAAACUACAAAAAAAGAGAAAGAAAAUUAACACAAUGAAUGCACUUUCUAAAGCACUCCCCCCCCCAGUUUCUUCUUGAAUAUAUCCUAGAAUUUGCCGUUUGGUUGCCCCUUUACCUCUCACAAGCCACAAACAUUAAGGGGAAGGGCUAUAGUUCAGUGGGAUAACAUCUGCUUCCCAUGCAGAAGUCCCUGGUUCAUUCCCCAGCAUUUUCAGGUAGGGCUGGGAGCAUAUUCUGUCUGAAACCCCAGAAAGCCACUGCUACUCGGUGUAAGACAAUACUGAGCUAGAGAGACUAGUGUUCUGACUCAGGUUCCUAUGCUUUCAAUGUUUGUUCUUAGGGUGGCUGAAAAUAUCCAUGUUUGGGGGGGCGGGGGGGGGGAGAAGGGCAGUAUUUGAAAUCACCCGCCUUUGCUGCAUUUCCAAGACGCUGGAAUAAAAUGUUGAAUGGUCGCUCUUGAAAACCGGCUGUGUAAAUCAGUGGUGAGCAAACUUCAGGCUUGAGGGAUCUCCUUUAUUUUGACAGGAGCCAUUGAGGUCCACCAACCAGAGCCAGUGCAAAAUAGCAGCAGGGGACAGAGCCUGAUUCCAAUAGUGCUUUGUGGGAGGAGGGACAGCAAUUGCCUACCGCACCUCAUAAACAUCUUGAGUUACUACAGAUUAGGGAUUCUAAACAGAAACCUCUAAAGCUAGUUUGUGGGGCUGCACUAAGCCAUGGCCAAAGGAAACCAAGAAAUGCUAAUAUUUUACAGGUGAGGAACAUAGAAAGGGGGUUACUUGAAGAUUUUACUUGCUAUUGUUAAACCCCUGGAAGUCAGAAAGCUUUUUACUGUGACUCACACAGAGAUCUGCCAGUAGAUCCUAAUCUACUCUUCGCCCAUCCCUUCUGUAAAUAAAAGAGCAGCGUGGAUUUCUGGGAGGGAGGGGAGGAGAAAGAAUCACUGGGACCACUAGGUGGCUCUGCUUUAUUAUGAAUCAUGGCUGGCAAUAGUGUAGGCUUGUGUCCUUUAUGAUACGCUACUUGAAAUUAGAUAUGUUUUGCUAAGGGAAAAGGCAUAGAGAGCUUCAGGUGACAACGAACACCCCUGAGAGAAUUAAAGCGUGAGAUGCGAGAACAAAGGUGUCUAAUCAAGUGCCCUGAGGACACUUCUGUGGACAUUCCCUCCAGGGUAAUUUGCUGCAGUUCAGUGUAAGCAGACAGCAGAUUUUCUUCACUCAGAUAGGCUGGAUUGUAGCAACCAAUCAGUAAAAUUGGGGAAGUGGGGAUCUGCCAGCAAAGGUUCUCAAACCAUUACAGUCUCAUCCAAUUGAUUCUGCGGUGGGAAUGAAUUUUUGGAUUGUUCUGGUUUGUGGGACCUACUUUUGCAUUUUACAAGAAUGCGCCCCCCCCCUCCAAGGUUAUCCAGAUGCAGAAUAAUGACUCAGGGAAGCAAAGUUGGGUGCAACAUGGUGGUUCAUAAGUGUGACUUGUGAUGGAAACCGUUUGACUCCCCAAUCUUGCUGUGUUCACCAGGCUGGAAUGCCCCUCCUUAUCUUCUUGUUAUCACCACUCAGCCCAACGGGUGAGUGAGGCAUCCCAGGCCUGCUGGGAGUGGUGGCACCAAAGAAGCUGUUACAGACAGUGAAAUUGUGAGGACCAAAAAGGCAGAAAGGGACCUGUGGUAUAAAGGAACAGUAGAUAAAGUGCAGGAAGGAAGCUGGCAGGAGAAGAUCAUCAGUCACUCAGCACAUGAAAUCAAAGACUUUGCAGACAAUAGAUUCUUGAAGAAAAUCCCAUGCUAAUUACAUUGCACCACAGAUCCACAGAGAUUGUGAGUUUUGAGCUGGCCCAUAAUCAAUCUUGGUUUCUUCUGGUUAUCGGCAAGGGAAGAGAUCAGAGAUUGGCAACAACAACAACAACUUCACAACAGAUCAGGAUAUGGGGGAUUUCUUUCAUUGUGCCAACGUGUGUUGCAUUGAGAGUGUGUAAACAUUUGAAUUUCAGUUCAGUCUUAACCUAAUCAUAACACUUUUGCAGAAAAUUAGCAGCCUUUUAAUUCUGUACAAUACUAGGUUCUGUGUAACUCAGACAUUUGAAUGCUUGAUGCUAGUCCGAUAGUAACACGUGCUCUUUCUCAUUCUAUACACACCGUGUGGCAAUGGAACAAUCUAGGUCAGGGGUUUAAUAGUUUUAAAAUAAAAAUGUGAAGGGCAGGGGGCCUAGGGGGGCCAAGAGGGUAUAUAAAGGCACCCUUGGGUGUCACACUGGGGACCCCAGGUCUAAGCAAGAAUUGACCACAUUUUAAAAAACAACCACCUAAUUGUGUGUGUUAGGAAAGUACAAUGUUCAAAUGUGGAAACACCUGCUAAUUAUUUUAUUAAACAAUGUUUACACAGUGACUGCGAAUCUUGA